AUGGCACGAUUUCUUGGUCUUCGAGGCACUCGUCUCAGCGUUGUGGCCAUCAUUGGGGUAUUGAUGCCGGGCAUCCUGAGCAUUGGCUAUAAUACCGCAUCGCUGGGAGGAGUUUUAUCUUUGGAUAGCUUCAACAGAAGCUUUCCGGAGAUGGAUGUGGAGCAUGCCAAGAACAAGGGUUAUGCGUCCAUGCUAGAAGGGACUGUCGUGGCGGCGUUUGCCAUAGGUUCAUUCUUGGGGACAUUUUCUUGCAUUUGGCUGGGCGAUUGGCUGGGCCGUCGACGUACCAUGAUGCUUGGGGCAACGACCCAACUAAUCGGUUAUGUGCUCAAUGCUUCCUCUUACUCAUUGGUACAAUUUAUUGUGUCACGGGUGCUUAUGGGUAUGGGCACGGGUGACCUGUUGGCCACAAUCCCUCUUUGGAUUUCCGAGACUUCCCCAGCCAAGCGUCGUGGCUCUCAUGUUGUGACCAAGGGGAUAUUUAGCGGUUUUGGAUGCGCUAUCGCCUUGUUUUUGGACUAUGGAAUGUCUCUCAAGACUGCGACCAGCAUUGCAUGGCGUAUUCCAUUUGCACUUCCAGCUCUUCUCUCGUUCGUUGUUUUGACCUUUGUGAUACUUCUACCGGAAUCGCCUCGCUGGUUAAUUCAGAAAAACCGGAUUUCAGAGGCUAGGUACAUCCUAGCAGCUCUUGCAGACAUCGAUAUUGAGGAUGCUCAAAUUGAAGCCACGAUCAGCGAAGUGCAAUCGUCGCUAAGUCUGGCUGGUGGGAACACGGCGUUCAAGCAAUUAUUCCAAAUGGGGCCCCAGAGAACUUUCCACCGAGCAUGCCUUGCUGUCGGUGGAUUGCUCUUUUUACAAUUUACUGGAGCUACAGUGACUACCUUUUACACCACGGCAAUCUUUGAGGACGACCUCGACCUCGAGGAGUCGACGGCAAGACUUCUGGCAGCCGUGUAUCAGCUAGCCGGACCCAUCGGUGCUGUACUCUGUGUCUUUGUCAUCGAACGAGUCGGACGACGACGCCUAAUGAUGGCUAGCGCCAUUGGGAACGCCGUAUGCCUAGCCUGCAUUGCCGUUCUUACAUCUCAACUCGACAACAUCAAGGCUUGCCAUGCUGCUGUAUUUUUCCUCUUCUUCUUUCAUUUCAGCUACAUCCUCGGCUUUGGUGGUAUUCCGUACUUAUAUGCCACGGAGGUUGCGCCUCUUCAUUUACGAGCCACCAUCAACUCGGUUAGCAUCAGCAUCGGAGGCGCUGUCAGCAUCUUGAUUGCCCACAUCACCCCGCUCGCCUUCGACAAACUCGGUCAGAAAUACUUUUUGAUUUUCGGUGGGCUCAAUGCCGUGAUGGUCCCAGCGAUCUAUUUCCUUUUUCCGGAGACAUCAGGCCGUACUUUGGAAGAGAUAGACGAAAUCUUCACGCUAUCCGAUGGCGUGUUUGAUGCUGUUCGUGUCGCCAGAACCCUUCCUUGUCUUCCUCCCCUUGGUCAGAUUGAGUCACCGGUUGAUUCUACAUCAAAGUUUCAGACCAUUUUGAAGGAGAAGGAAAUCUCGGUUUGA